UAAAGAAAAUGUUUCAUGCGCUUGUUUUGUUCUGUUUGUGCUGGUUGCAUUCGACUGGUGUGAUCGCUGCCAAGACUAAUAAAACACAGUCAGUGAUGGAGGGAGAUUCUGUUACUCUACACACGGAUGUUACAGAAAUACAAGAUGAUGAUGAAACAUUAUGGAACUUUGGAGCUGAAAACUCUCUGAUAGCUCAAAUAAACAAAGCCUCUGGAAUCUUCUUCACAAGUAAUGAUGAGAGAUUCAGAGACAGACUGAAGUUGGGCAAUCAAACUGGAUCUCUGACCAUCACAAACAUCACAACUGAACAUGCUGGACUCUAUAAAGUAAAGAUAAUUGCAGCUGAACUGUCAUCAAAAACAUUUAGUGUUUCUGUCUAUGCUCAUCUGCCAUUUCCUACCAUUUCCAAAGAUUUUUCACAAAAUCUUUCAUCAUCUUCACAGCAGAAUUGUUCAUUGGUGUGCUCGGUGGUGAAUGUGAGUGAUGUGACUCUCUCCUGGUACAAAGGAAACAGUUUAUUGUCCAGCAUCAGUGUGUCUGAUCUCAGCAUCAGUCUCUCUCUACCUCUGGAGGUGGAAUAUCAGGAUAAAAACACCUACAGCUGUGUGAUCAACAAUCCCAUCAGCAACCAGACCACACAUCUGGACAUCAGUGAACUCUGUCAAAUUCACUCAGAUCAGGGCCUACCGUUAUUUUACAUAUCAGUUUCUGCUGCGGCUGGAUCUCUGUUGAUUGCAGUUUCAGUCGUGAUCUGCUGCAUCUGCACGAAGUGUAGAAAAACAGUCCAAACCAACGAGGAAGACUCUGAUUCAGCAUUGUGUAAACCCAAAACACACAAAAAG